AUGGACACUUUUUUCCCGCUACAAAAUGUCGUCAAGUGGGAGAUUCCCGGCCGGUUCGCCACUUACGUCUACGUGACGCACUUCUUCCAACCACCGUUCGUUUCAAUGGUCCGAUUAAUCAACUGCACGCACCCUCUGGUGCCCGAACAUGGAGGCUUCCGCUGUGAGCCAUCCCCCUGCCGAGGUUUCCCCCACAAGAGUUCUGUGCAUCUGUUCUGCGAGGAUGGCUAUCACAUUGCCAAGUCUCCUGUGUCCUCGUGCCAUCAUGGCAGUUGGAAGCCGCCUAUUCCUGCCUGCGUUCGCAUUAGAGGGGGUGGUCGUGUCAACGGCAACAGCGGGGCAGACUUUUCCAUGCCCAACGUAGCCACGACGGCUGUGGGCGUGUCCAUAUUCCUGCUCACCACCACCGCCUGCUUGGUGGUCAAGUCCCGCCUCUGCCCUUGCCAAUCAGACAGUAGGCGCCGGUCCUCAGACCAGCUGGACCUGAUGGCUGAGGGACUUCCUGUCUCGCUGCCCUCCUACGAGGAGGCGAUGUAUGGCAGCUGGGGUCAACCCCUUCCCUCUUCCCACUCACCCGUUCCGGGACCCAUCCAACUCCUGCUGGCCCGUGAACCGCCCGGCGACCAAUCCAGCUUUGAUAAUCCCCCGCCCCCUUAUGAGGAGACCCAAUCACCAACAAGCGACAACAGACGGCCUCUGUCGGACGAUAAGGAUUUUUGA